CCAAAAAUUUUCUUAUUGCCUUGCUAGUCCCCGAGAACCCCUCCGUCAUCGUCACAAUCUCCUGACAUACUGAAGUCGUGUUUUUUGUUUAGCUGACCAGCUAGGGAACAGAGAGAGAGAGAGAGAGAGAGAGAGAGAGAGAGAGAGAGAGAACACUGCUGCUGCUGAUAUGGGCAGUGGUGGACAUGGGCAGAAGGGGGUAAGUGCAGGGGUCCUUGUUGCUGCUCUGUUGCUGUGUGGCUUCUUUGCCUCUGCUCUGUCAGACAGGUUGCUCAAAGAGAAGGAGGUGGGGUUAGCUCCCAUUACUGUUGGAGAUCUUCAAGCAAUUGCAGAUCAUUCUUCUUCUUCUUCCGCUGCUCCAUGUGCACGUCAUCCCCAGCCUGAUCCUAUCAGCACAAGUAAGAGGAGAGUACCAAACGGUCCCGAUCCCAUCCACAACAGGAGGGCCGGCAAGUCGCGACAGCCUCCAGGCAGAACAUGAAUUUUUGAGGGGCGGGACGGCGGGGGGGGCAGGGGGAGACCGAAGGUUCUUCGGGACGUGCUUGUUUGAUAAGACGUACGACGUGAGGUUCAAUAUUCUUGUACAUUUUUGUUCUUACUUGAAAUUUUUAUACUUAGCUGAAUGCCACAUGGAGUGAAGAACACCACCCAUCCCUCUCUCACUGUCUCCCAAAUCAUCCAUUUGUACUCUCAUUGUUCUUGUAUCCUCACUAAGAAAGGGUUCAGUCGAGGAAAUCAAGCCACCAUGCAUACUCAUGCAGCA